GAAGUGGGGUGCGGAGCCUCGCGGCGCGCUGUCAGGCUCCGCGGCUCCGAGGCGGCGCGGUCGUCGGGCCCUUCCGGGCAGCGCGCGCGGCUCUGGGCGCCGGGGGUCCGCGGUCCGGAGGGCGCCAUGGACGACAAGGAGUUAAUUGAAUACUUUAAGUCUCAGAUGAAAAAAGAUCCCGACAUGGCCUCAGCCGUGGCUGCCAUCCGGACUUUACUAGAGUUCUUGAAGAGAGACAAAGGGGAGACGAUCCAGGGACUGAGAGCGAAUCUCACCAGUGCCAUAAAAACCCUUUGUGGCGUGGACUCCUCCGUGGCCGUGUCCUCGGGCGGGGAGCUCUUCCUGCGCUUCAUCAGUCUCACCUCUCUGGAAUACUCGGAUUACUCCAAAUGUAAAAAGAUCAUGAUCGAGCGGGGAGAGGUUUUUUCCGACAGAAUAUGGCAGUCGAGAGAGAAAAUUUCAAAUCUGUGCCAUACUUUCAUCAAAGAUGGGGCGAGAAUACUGACUCACGCCUACUCCAGAGUGGUCCUGAAGGUCCUGAAAGCGGCUGUGGUGGCCAAGAAGCGCUUCAGUGUGUACAUCACCGAGUCACAGCCCGACUUGUCAGGGAGGAAAAUGGCCAAAGCCCUCUGCCACCUCAACGUCCCGGUCACCGUGGUCCUGGACGCUGCUGUGGGCUACAUCAUGGAGAGAGUGGAUCUCGUCAUAGUCGGCGCCGAGGGAGUGGUUGAGAAUGGAGGAAUUAUUAACAAGAUUGGAACCAACCAGAUGGCCGUGUGUGCCAAAGCACAGAACAAGCCUUUUUAUGUGGUUGCAGAAAGUUUCAAGUUCGUGCGGCUCUUUCCACUGAACCAGCAAGAUGUCCCAGAUGAGUUUAAGUACAAGGCAGACACUCUGAGGUCUGCACAGACUGGACAGGACCUCAAGGAGGAGCACCCGUGGGUGGACUACACCUCUCCUUCCUUAAUAACACUGCUGUUUACAGACCUGGGAGUGCUGACACCCUCGGCAGUUAGCGACGAGCUCAUCAAGCUGUAUCUAUAACCGCCGGCCCCUGCCGCACCCAGAUGGUGGGGCCGUGCAGCCUGAGCAGCUUCUGGACCCUUUGGUGAACAAGGCCAAAGCGGAAUUGGCUUUGUGUGAAGAUUUGUGAAUGAGGACUCAAAGUCAUAAGCCUUGGAGAAUUUUGUAUUCACUUCAGUCCCAUCUCAGAUAUGUUCAUCGUUCCUCUAAAAUCCAACCUAAAUUGUGCUUACGGUUUCCAGAAACUUUCAUUUCCAGUUUCCAGAAUACAAGUUAGAUUAUUGGCUACUUACUGAUGAAGAAGACAGGCCCACGUCCCCUCCCUUGCUCUUCCCAGCUCUCCAGACUGCUUUUCCAAAACAGGGAUGCUAGAGCAGCAGGCCUGAGAAGGCAGGAGUUCCUGACUUGUACGAAAGGAAGAACUUGCUUCAGACUUCCAGGAGUGAACACCAGCCAGGGGCUGCCGUCCCCCCACCAGGAUCAAGCCAGACGAAGGGGGAUCUCCCGAGGGGACCUAAAGCAGGCAGAAACCACCGAGAUGCCUUCCAGAACUCCCACAAACUAAAAAAGAUGGAAUUUCCUUUAAUGAGUGGGUUAUGAACAGCUCUUUAAAAUUGCACUUGGGGACAUCCAUCCUGUACACUGACUCUGGGGACUAGACCCACUGGCCGCCGUGGCAAGGGCACCGCACAGCCCUGUUCACACACAUCAGACACAGUCGCCUGGAAGGGCAUCGUUUAUUCAAAAGGCAGGAUCUUUUCCAGAAUAUGGCUUGCUGUUCCUGUUUUUCAGAUACUCAACAAUAAAACAGUACUGAGGGCUAUUCGUAGAAAAGACCCAGCCACGUCAGUCACCCUCUGCCGGGGUAAGGACACACUGGAGGAUCUGACAAGGCUAAAGUUGAGUAAACCUCAGCAUCCCUACAUUAAAAAAGGCUAAGACAGCCACAGAAAGGUGAGCUCUAUAAUAAGUGACCCAUUUUCACUCCAAUGUUGUCACAUUUUCCUCUGUUAUACUUCUUCAGGCUUGCAACAAAACAUUCAUGAGUAUGAAAUCCCCUGCACGCCUCUCUAGUCUGAAAGAAUGGCACUCAGAUGACUUCUUAGGUGUCCACUGGGUGGCCAGCAAGAGCCAACAGUCGCCGUCUGCUGAGCAGGGCCAUGCGGACACUCCCUGCAUACACACGCCCCCACUGCACCCUGGAGUCAGCAGGCAGCUUCCAGAUCUGACACCCCGAGGUCUGCUGUUUUGAUGGUCCUUUUGCCACUUGUUAGCAACCCCUUCUCAAAUUCUUCUCCAGAAAUUUUGCCUUUCUUAAACUUUUUCAAGAGCCUUGUGUCAUUAAGAAGCUCCUCCAUGUCUUCAUCUUCAAUAUCAGAACCCUAAGUGCAGAAGAGAACAACAAACUACUGAAUUUCUCAGCAAUGGUGUUUCAAGCGAAACCAGCAAUUUUUAAUCAGGAACUACUCUCUCAGAACAGCUUGGCAAACAGACUGUUCCCACCCUGAGUCUCUAGCAUAAUACAGAAAUAUGAGCGCCCCGCACAAUUUCUAUGAAAAGAUACAGUAAAAUCUGCUUAGGAUUCUAGGUUGAACAUUGAAGGAAUAAAGAAAACUGAAAACUUCACCUCUUCCCGUUUCCUUUUUUCAUUCAUUUUUCUCUUCUUUUCCUUUUUGGCUUUUUGCUUUGACCAAGCUUUACUUUUUAUGAAUUUUUUUCUUCCUUCAUUUUCUGUCUUAUCUUUCCUCCGCUGCUCCAGUAGUUUCUGCCUCUGUUUCUCUCUGGUUUUAUCUUUAAAUGGAAUGGUGUCUGUGUCAACAUCCACAGGCACAAAAUCUGAAAACUGCCUUCCUCUCAGUUCCGGCAUCUUGGGCAUCCUCAGCAGGGCGAAACCUCGAGCAAGACUAGCAAAAUCAAGGUCUGAUUAAACCAAAACAUCAGAAUUAGCACACCUGGCAUGGGAGGAACAACCAGUGGAAGAUUCCUAACACUAACUUUUUCUAAUCAAUUGAUCUAGUGGAUUCACUGUAAGAUAGGUUUUUUUAAAAUACAUAAAAUAGGGCCUCCCGGAUGGCGCAGCGGUUGAACACUGGGUUGCGAAGCUGCCUGCAGCCUCUGCAGCGCGGGUUCGAUCCCUGACUGCUCCCCAGCCACCGGAGGAGGGUCCCACAUGGCGCGCAGACCUCUCCUGCCACCUGCUGCUCCCCUCAGCAGUGUCCUUCGGUCCUUCUGCCUGCUCUGCUCCCUGCUCUGGCUCUGGUGAAUUCUCUCACCCUCCUGUGCUUCUGACUGUACCCAGUGCAUGUAUAAA